CGCGACGUCGGCGUCGUCGGCGCCGGCGGCGGGCGGCGCGCACUGCCCGGCGCGUCUCGGAGUGGGCCGGAUCGGUUCGGUCCGGGAGAGGAGAGGAGAGGCGAGGAGCAGCGGCCAGAGCUCGGCACGGAUCAGCACGCCCCCGGAUGGCGCCCAAAAUAACGCGAGCGCUCGCCAGAGUGCCGCUAGGCACCAGUGCUCGCCGCGGCCUCGCCAUGAAACCCUACGCCUUCGUCACCAUCAACAAGCAGUAUGGGGAGGCGGGCGUGGCCAUGGCGAUCCCUGCGCUGGCGGUGUCGGUGAGCUACCUGCUGCUGACGGCGCUGCUGGCCGCCGCACUGCGCCGAGUCGUCUUCCGCCUCUUCGAGCAGCCGCUGCUCCGCCGGCUCGCCCUCGAGGCCGUCGCUGCCGCCGAGCUCUGCGGCAGCUGCUUCGAACUCAUCAUCGUGGCCGACAACUACGGCGUAUGGGCGUACGCGGCGUUCCUGUUCCUGCUGACGGUGUGGUGGUCGUCGAGCUGGGGAGAGGCGACCGCGUGCCCGUACACCCACCUCGAGGACGUGCUGCGGGGCUGCUCCGACGUGCUCACCGCCCUGCUCAUGACCGGCGCAGAGCUCGCCGGGGGAGUCUUCAUCUUCAGGUACGUCCAGUACCUGUGGGACCUGGAACUCGCGGAGACGCACGUGGGCAAAGCAUGGGAGGAGUGCAGCGCGGACCUUCAGGUACCCAUGUUCACUGGUGCUGCAAUAGAGGGUGCAGCAACCUGUGCCUGUCGACUUGUCUCACGUGCGUUGAGCGAAAGGGAGACACCGCUAGCCAAUGUACUCGAUGCAUUCUUUUCGACAGCUCUAGUUGUUGCAGCAUUCAACUACACAGGUGGCUAUUUCAACCCAGUGUUGGCCUCAUCACUGAAAUAUGACUGCCCUGGAAAUACAUAUGAAGAGCACAUAAUUGUUUACUGGGUAGGAUCCUGCCUUGGAGCCGCAGCUUCGGUAAACCUCUACAAUCACCCUACUGUGCAACAACUUUUGUUCACUGGAACCAAGAAGAAGGAAGAAUGAAUAAAAAGGCAUGCCUCCUGUGGUCAUUAAUUAAUACAGGACUAUUCCAUGUAAACAGGCAUCAUAUGUCACGCCAAAUAACUUUUGUUGCAAUUACUUGUCACUUCUCAGUUUCAGUAAAAUUGUUUUACUGUAGUUUUCCAGAGAUGCUGCUGAGCAUACAGCAAACACAGUUUAAGAAUACAAGAUUUCUGGAAUAUCAGCAAAGAAAAUUCCCUUUCCUUUGAAGUCAUAGCAAUGACUUCAGCUUUAUAAGAAAAAAAGUUGAGGUAAUCCUUUGUAGUGAGUGCAAAAAUGUUGACUUAUAAUUUUCGAACGAUGCCUGAAAAACGGGACACGAAUGAUGAGAAUCUGUGAAUGAUGACAAUGAGUUACUUUCACUGCCAAUCAAUGACAACUGCCUAUUUUGUACGUUGAAAUAUACAAAGCAGUAUUCGCACAAUAAUGUUAUACCAAAGAGGUACUGAGACAUUCAGCACAGCUGUACUAAUGGACACAACUGAACAUUAGUUCUGUUCUGCCAUCCAGCCAUUUUUUCUGUAAAGUAUUAUGUACAGCAUUGCUCCAAUGCACACAAACUAAGCACAAUGAACUAUCUUUAAAUCUGAAAACUUCGUUCAUCCUAGUAAGGCAUUUAGCAGUGCACCAUAACAAAAUAAGUACAACCCUUGCCAGUUUUUACUUUUUUAUGUAGUAGAUAACAGUGGUGUUUCUAUUCACAGUUAAUGUGGUCUUCACAAAGUUAAAUUGCCAAUAAUUCCUCAAUACAUUGAUAUGCAUUAUAAUAAAUAACACAAUUACAACUUAGAUGCCACGUUUUAAUACAAUUUCAUACUGCAAACUUAGAUGCGAGAUACAACUGUGCAUUUCUGAAACAAAAAAUUCUGGUUACAGAUCAUUAAUUUCAUUUCAAGUGCACUGUCAACAUAAUAUAAGCACAUUUUUAUUUUUUGAGAGAAAUCCUUUUGGAUUAAUAACAUAUGUGACAAAAGUAAAGAGUUGUGUGCCAAAAGCAUUGGAGAUUUUACCCAUCAAUUGCAUAUGCUGUACAGUUGUUGCAGUUACUUUAUAUAAGAGUUCUAUUUAUUUUCUGCACAUUGUACUUGCCAAUUGUAAAGACCAUGUUAUUUUUUAAAACCCUAAUAAAGAAAGAAAAACUUG